GUGUGGCAGAGGCGGCAUGGCGGAGCUGGAAGGAGCCGGGGGCGGCGUGGCGGCUGCCGAUCCCCGCGGGGUGCUGCGGCAGGGCCGCGCCUUCCUUGACUUUUUCUGGGACAUCGCUAAGCCGGAGCAGGAGGUGCGGCUGGAGGCCACCGAGAGCCUCCUGAGGCAUCUGCGGGAGGGGAGGAAGGACGAUGAACUGAAGUACGCCCUGAAGCGCCUGGUGGAAGGACUGGGAGCCACCCGGGAGGCCGCCCGCCCAGGCUUCAGCUUGGCCCUGGCGCAGGUUUUAAAGGCUUUUGAGGAAAUUUCAGUGUGCAGUGUCCUGGACCAGAUCAAAGAAAAACACAGCCUGGAAAAAGUGAAAAAGAAACUUGUGAGAAAUGCUGCUUUUGGAAACUUUUUUGGAGUUAUGGCUCUGUUUCAGUCUGGCAGACUUGUUAAGGACCAGAAAGCUCUGCUGGAGAGCAUCCAGCUUCUCCAGCAGCUGGCACAUCACCAAGCACACCUCAGAGACCUCCCUAGAAAAGCUCUUGUUGACAUCAUGUCUGAGGUUCCUGAGAGGGUGUUUGAGGAGGUCCUCUUUGACAUCCUGAGGAGUGACCUUGCUUCAGCCUUCACAUCUCCAGACAGCUUCCACCUUUUGCUUGUGGGCAUGCAGAAAUUCCCCAGUGUCCUGAAACCUAAAAGUCUGAAGAAGCUGUUUGGUUCCCCUACUGUUGUGAAUGAGGAAAAUAUUCCCAGACUUGUAGAGCUUCUGCGAAGUGUUGCCAAGUCUGAGAAGAAGGACAAGAAGUUGCCUGGUUUAGUGUUUGAUUUGCUCCAAGUUUCACUGAAGGAAGAUGCCUUUGAACUCUUCUGGAAAGAAGGUGUGGAGAACGGGCUGUUGAAGGAGAAAUCAGGACCUGUGAGCUAUAUGUGCUACAGGUUGCUGGGCACUGCUCUCCCCGUGCUGUCCCUGGAUCAGCUGCAGAUGGUUCUCCAAGGGAAGGUGAUGCAGCACUAUGGAGAACAUGUGGUAACCACUCAGCUUCCAGAUCGAUUCAAGUUUGCUCCAGAGAUGGAGAAAUAUGUAGAUGAAUUCCUGAGCAGCUGUGAUGACCCCGAGAGGCAGAUGGCAGUGCUAAUUGGCUUCUCUACUCUCACCAAUCAAGGCUACCCAGUGUUCUCCAGCUCUUCCAGGGUAGUCAGGCACUUGCAGCCAGGGGUGUUGCAAAAAUACAUCCACUGGCUCAAAGACAUGUUCCUCAGGCCAGACUUGGAUUGUUGUUUAGACUUCUCAAGUAACAGACAAAAACAGAACCAGGGCAAUGUAAACAGGGCACAGCAGAAGAUUCCUCGAUUAAGGAAAUGGAUCAUCCACAGACUUGCUAACAUCAUUGAAAAUGCAGGGAUAAAGGAUGAGAGCCUUGUGAUGGACAUUGCCAGGUUUUGCUUCUUCCAUGCUUUUUUUGAGGCCAAGAAAAAGACUUCCCAAAUCUGUGAAGCAAGUGUCCUUCCAUCAGAGCCUCUAGAUGAACAGACCCACUUGGCAAUAGAAAACUACUUCUUUGGCUUACUUCAGACUUUAAACAGCUUGACUGUUCUGGGGGAUACAGCAAAGGCUGCAGCCUUGAGGGAGAAGCACAUCCAUGGUGUGACUGCAGAUGGGAAGCUGUGGAUCUUCCUCAUUGUUGAGUAUGCUGACAAGCUGCUCUCCAGUGAGCAUGUCAAAGCUGUGAAGCCUUUUACCAAGGGACAGAGGGAUGCCUGGGAGAGAACACUUCAGUCGGUGCAGAACCUGCAGAAGAAAGAAAACAAAGCAAACAGUACCAAAGUCUUUGCUUUUCAGCAACUUCUGCUUUUAAUGGCCGUUCAUCUUUUCAAGAAUCAGUCUGAAACAAUGGAUGUUCUGAGUGACCUUCUGAACUGCACAGAGAAGGCAUUCAGCAAAGAACCUAAGAAGAAAAAGACUGACAACUCAGAGCCAGGAUGGGUAGAGGUGAUGGUGGAAAUCCUUCUCUCCCUCCUUGCCCAGCCCAGCCUACUCAUCCGGCGGAUUUCCAAGAGUGUCUUUGUAAGGAUAUGCCCUAACCUGACCAAGCGGGGGUUGCAGCUGAUCCUGGAUGUUCUUGACCCAUACCAAGAGCAAAAUGAAGAAAGUGCUGUUGUUGUCAUGGAAGAAUCAGACAAAAAGACCAUAUCUGCACAGGACACGGAUGAGGAGGGAAGUGAUGACUCCUCAGAGGAAGGUAGCAGUGAGGAAGAAAAUGAGAGUGGAGCUGAGGAAAUGAAUGAAGAAGUGGAUGAUGCUUUUCGCAGUCAGCUGAUGAAUGUUCUCCAAGCAGGGAAUGCACUGGGAGGAGGUGAGAGUGAUGAAGAACUGGAUGAUGAGGCUAUGAUGGCUCUCGACAAGAAUAUCUCAGCCCUUUUUGCAGAGCAGCAGAAAAGGAUCCAGGCAAAGAAGGAUGAGAAGGACAGGAUACGGAAAGAGAGGAUCCUACGGAGGGACUUCAAGAUUAAGGUGCUGGAUCUGAUUGAAGCAUUCCUGAUAAAGCAGUCAGAGAAUCCCCUGGUGUUUGAUGUCAUUGAGCCCCUGCUUCGUGUGAUUGAACAGUGCAUGAGCACAGACUCUGACAAGCAGGAGGUUGACUUCCUCCAGAAAACAGCCAGUAUCUUCAGGAACUCUUUGUGCCGAACUAAGCAGUACUGCAAGAGAGUGGAUGCUCUGCAAGAAGAUUUGCAUGCUUUUGUGGAGAGGCUUGUGGGAAAAGCCUGCAAGCACACAAACUCUUCUGUGGCUCUCUAUUAUUUCAGUGCCUCAUUGUACCUACUUAAAGUGUUGAAAGGAAAUGUGUCUGAUAAGUCAUCAACUCCUACACCUCUGCCAGAGAAACAGAGCAACACCAUCCCACAGGCUCCUCAGCUUUUGAGCACAGGUUGUUUGGAUCUGGAGAGGGUGACUGGAAUAUAUCAGCAAGCACUGACACACUUCUUGACUAAAAGGAACAGUGCCCUCACGUGCUCCAUGUUCCAUGAUCUCUUCAAACGCUUCCCGAUCAUGUGUAAGCCAUUAGUAGAUACUCUUGUCAAAUCUAUCACAGCAGGAGCCAGGCAACAUCAGCAGGCCCAGGCCUGUUUGCUGCUUCAGAAGGUUCUGCUGCUUCAUGAGCUGAAGCUCUUCAUGACGGAGGAUGAGUGGGAGGAAUUGAUCAGAAAAAGCAUCAGCCAAGUGACAGAGAGUCUGAGACUGUCUGGCAAGUGUCUCAUGAAGCCUGACAAAGAGAAAGUUGCCAAGACCUUGGAGCUGUUGAAUCUCCUCCUCAAAACUGUGACAGAGCAGAAACUGCACGUGAAGUUGACAGAGUUGGAGAAAGUCCUGGGAGCUCUAAACCACCCCGGGGGCAUCCGGAGCUCUGCACGUCUCGACUCUCUCUACUGGAAUGUCAUGCGUUGGCUGAACCACACGAAGCCCAAGAAAGAGAAGACAGCCAAUAAACCUGCUCAGGAAGCAGAGAACCUUAGGAGGAAGAAAAAAGGGUUCCUGCCAGAGACCAAGAAACGGAAGAAUCGCAAGAAAGGAAUCCAGGAGAAUGGGGCAGGAGCUGGAGCUGGAGAAGCAGCAGCCUCAGAGGAAACAGAAACCCCCCAGCAGAAGAAAGGCCUCAUGGCUGGGAGCAGCAAACACAAGAAGAAAAACAAAGGUGGAAAAGAGAAUGGGGUGGCAAUGGCAGGCAGCAGGGAGGAAGCUGUUAAUGGAGGAGUUCCUGGGUCUGACAAGAAGAAGAAGAAGAAGAAAAAAAGGAAUAGGAACAGAAAAAGAAAAGGUGAUGCAGGCAAUGAAGCCGAGCAGGCUCCAGCUGCAAAGAAAGCCAAGGGGAGUGUCAGCCAGGAGACCCAGCAGAAGCAAGGCAAGGCCAACCAUCAGGGCAAAGUCAAGAAGAAAAGAAAGGUGAAAACAACUCCAGUGCAGGAGGAGUGAACUCCAUGGACUCACCCAGGCCUGGCAUGGCUACCGUGGCUCAGAGGACUAUUUUAUAUAACUGUAGUUUUUAUGUCCUUCCUAACUUUAAAUAAACCUUCCAUGAUGCUGAGCUGUAAAGCUGCAGGUCUGACUUGUGUGGAUGGUGCAGUCUAGAGCACAGGGAGCUUCAGGAGGUCACAGACUCUCCAAGCUCUGGUAGGUGCUUACUCUCUCUUCUCUUGCAGGGCCAAAGAGCCUGUGCUUUUGAGCACAGACCUCCUGCCUCCAGAAUUUCCCAAGGCAGAAGUGAGAGGCUUGUUUGGAUUUCUUGGAAAGUUGUGGUAGGUGUAGCUGGGACUGUGGAGGUUCAGAAGACACAUUUCUGUCCUGCCCAGGCCCAGCAGUACUCAAAGCUUUUUCAUUCUGGGAGAUGUUGACUCUCUUAAAUGCCUGGGGUCAAAUGAAUUUGUACAUGCAUGUUCUGGAGUUAAAUUUAUCCAA